AUGCCCCAGGCGGUUUGAAGAUGGCGGCGGGCGGCGAGCGCUGGUGGAGUGCGCUGCCUCAGCACGAUCUCCUGAACCGCCUGAAGGAGGCCCACGGCCCCGCCGCGAAGCUCGACAAGAACCUCGUCUUCUGCCUGGACGGGGACUUCUUCAUCUGGGAUGACGCGCAGAGCGUCUUUUACACCAGCAACCUCAGGGGCCUAAACGCUGGCGCCGAGGCAGCGGAGAGCAGUUACCAGAUAUUAUUAUGCAUAAACCCUCCCCUGUUUGAAGUUAACAAAGUUUUGCUCAGCUCGACGCAGCAUCAUGUGCUACUUAUUGGAACCAAAGGGCUGAUGGUGUUGGAACUGCCACAACGAUGGGGGAAGAGGUCAGAGUUUGAGGGCGGAAAGGUCAAGAUUAAUUGCCGAACGGUUCCUGUAGCAGAAAGAUUCUUUACUAGUUCAACAUCACUGACUCUGAGACAUGCUGCCUGGUAUCCCAGUGAAUCAGAGGAGCCUCAUAUUGUGCUCCUGACCUCUGAUAACUGCAUCAGGUUCUACAAUCUGAAGAGACCCCAGACUCCAGUGAAGGUGUUCUGCCUCACUCAGAGUGAGGAGGAAAGCAUUCUGCCGACCACACGUUCGUACACAGCGUCGCUGGGAGAGACAGCAAUUGCAUUUGACUUUGGUCCUGUGGGAUUGGCUCCAGGACAGCGGUUCAAAGAGGAGGUGCAGGUCCACCCGCUCUACAUUCUCUACGAAAACGGGGAAACCUUUUUGAUGUACAUCAGUCUCACCCACAUUAGCACUGGCAGUAUUGGGAAGUUACUGGGACCUCUGCCUAUGCACCCAGCCGCAGAGGAUAACUACGGCUAUGAUGCCUGCGCGGUGCUCUGCCUUCCCUGUGUCCCCAACAUCCUGAUUAUUGCUACAGAGUCCGGCAUGCUGUACCACUGUGUAGUUCUGGAGGGGGAUGAGGAGGAGGAGCAGACGUCCAGUGAAUGCUGGGACCCGAGGUUGGAGACGGUGCCCUCUCUCUAUGUGUUUGAGUGCGUGGAACUGGAAUUGGCUCUGAAGCUGGCGGCUGGGGAUGAGGACGAUGAGCCACAGCUGGACUUCUCCUGCCCCAUCAGACUGCACAAAGAUCCGCUGUGUCCAACACGAUAUCACUGCACCCACACGGCUGGUGUGCACAGUGUGGGACUGACCUGGGUCAGCAAACUGGAGAGGUUCCUCAGUUCAGGUGAAGAGGAUAGAGACGGGCUGCAGGAGUUGGCAGCUGAUCAGAAAUGCAUUGUGGAACACAUCCUGUGCACCAAGCCUCUGCCCUGCAGCAGUCCUGCGCCCAUUCAGGGAUUCUGGAUCAUCUCCGACCUUUCCCUGGGAGCUGCAAUGAUUUGUAUAACGGAUUCAUUCGAAUGCAUCAUAAGACCAUUGUUGAGCACUACACGCCCCACCUCGCCGCCCCUACUGAUAUCAAAGGCAGAGACAGAUUUCAUGGCCUCGCCGCUGCGGAAUUUUACGGACAAUUCUUUCGAGCAGCACAUCGGGAACAUUUUACGGCGGAGUUCCACCAACCCUCUGCUCCUGAGGUCCUCUGAUGCGGAGGGUGCUCCUCCACCACAGGAAUGUUUGCAGCUUCUGAGCCGAGCCACACAGGUCUUCAGAGAGGAGUACAUCCUCAAACAGGCCCUUGCACGCGAAGAGAUAGUGCGCAGAGUGAAGCUGCUGGGCAGCCAGAAGGAGAAGCAGCUGGACGAUCUGCAGCACUGCCGCGAGGAGAAGAGGAGUCUGCGAGAAAUGGCCGAGAGGCUUGCGGACAAAUACGAGGAAGCGAAAGAAAAGCAGGAGGACAUCAUGAGCAGGGUGAAGCGAGUUCUCCGCAGUUUCCAUUCACAGUUACCAGUUCUGUCAGACAGUGAGAAAAACAUGAAGAAAGAGAUUCGGAUCGUUCACGACCAGCUCAAGCACCUGGAGAACAACAUCAAACAGGUGCAGAUGAAGACUGAAUACCAGCAGCGGGAAAUCCAGCAAGGAGCAAGCCCACGGAGAAGGAGCAUUACAUUGAGUGCUUCCCAGAAGAAAUGCAUCCACUCAGUGUUAAAGGAGGAGAGCGAGCAAAUCGCUGAAAUGGUGAAGAGGAUGAAUGACAUCCGGCUCCACGUAAACUUUUGAAGUUCACCCACUCUCUCCAGCAAGUGCCCAUUGUUGUACAGUGCAAGGAGAUGUGUGCAGCCUGGCCACUCCCUCACCCAGGGAGUUUACCACAACAACCAAAGCUACUCUUGUUUUCUAACAACGCCAAUGUGAAUCCAUCCAUUUGUUUGUAAUAAAAGUCUCUUUUCAAACUGGAAAGAGUUUCAUUAUGGGUGCAAUUCCACCAGGUGGACGUAAAGACCCCAGUUAUACAGUAUAUGUCAUUCACUUCUGGUUUUGCAAAGUUCAGGAUUACUAAACAUGCUUUUCAUUAAUAGAUGUGAUGCUUUGCCAGCAAGAAAGUGGGGUGGUGAAAGUCUCCCACCUCAUAUGAACUGUUGAAAACUCCAUUGACUGCAAGUUAUGAAAAAGCCUCUCUGGACUGUGGGAUUCUUAGCACGCAAACACUCAUUAGUAUUAAGAAUUUCUGUACUGGAUGCACUGCUCUGAGAUCAGCUUCAGCUCCCAAUUCUCUGAUCCCUCUCGGGGAAGAGCCUGAGCUCAGACUGUGCCAGUCUCUGUUCUGUUGCUCCAUGCAGGAGUUUUUAGCCUUUUUAAGAGUCUGUUACUUAUACAGUAUGUUAAACUGCUCUCCAAAGCCCAUUGGGAAAAGUGCAUGGUGAGGUUGUCUUUUCAAGUCCUCUGAACACUUUCUUUUCCCAUAUUCUCUCCCCUCCCUGAAGUUGCUUUGUUUUAAAUUCUCUCGUUCUGCUGUCUGUCACCUAUCAGGUAUUCAGUAUACAACGGAGCUCCUGUAAGUUAGUCUUUGAAGUACUUCAAUCAGAGGCGGUUUGUUUUGAAAGCAUAAUUUUUUAUUUCAUUCACUCUGGGGACUAGGCUUGGUUCUUGACAACCUGUACCUAAACUCUCCAGGCUUAGGUAAACAUGUAACCUCUGGUGAGAUAGUGUGCUCUCCAUGUCAGACAGAGACUAUAUGUGGAACUCAGUACUUUGGGUUGGAGACGUUGAGUAUGAUGAUAAGGUUUCUGCCCGGAUGAUCAGAUACCAUUACCGAGCAAUGUUGAAAAGCAAUGUUUGAUGUGUGUAUGGGUCGGUUCCCACAUUAAGAAGAGAGGGGAAGUGUUCUCUGUAAUUACAGAAUUCUGUUUCAAAGCUAUAAUGAUGUUCAGGGAAAAUAAAGCAAAUGUUAUAACUUUUAAAAGAGAUACUGCACCCGGUGACCAGCGAAGCCCGUUUUUCUACUUUAAAAAAAAGUCUAUACAUUUGUAAGUAUCUUUUUGUGAACUUAUUUUGCUGUAUUUUGUAGUCAAUAAAUACUGACACUGAC